UAUCGAUACAACCACCGACAACUCCCUGACCUUGUCUCCACGACUCGUCAGUUUAUCGCCACACCAUCAUGCAGAAACUUCUAGCACCCAUCUACCUCCCCGGUCAGGAACCUAUGCCGGCUGGCACCACACCGGAGGAGAGGGAAGAGAUGCAAAACGUACAACGGUGGCAGAAGUACGCGACGAUGGGGAUGGAGAGUUGUCCCGUCAAGGUCGGGAUGAGUGCAGGUGCUGGAUUCGCACUGGGAGGUUUCUUCUCCCUCAUGUCCGCCACUUUCGCAUACGAAGACCCCUUAUCCCGAGCCUCGGAAAAGCUCGUGGGGACCAAGGCGCAAACGAUGUUCAUCUUCAAGGAGAUGGGCAGGAACAUGUGGAGUUCAGGGAAAGGGUUCGCCAAAGUCGGAGCGCUCUAUUCGGGGUACGAGUGUUGUAUCGAGGGGUUCCGAGCGAAGAACGACAUUUACAACUCGGUAGCCGGAGGUUUCCUCGCCGGAGCGACCCUCUCCCGAUCAGGCGGGAUAAAAGCUGCGAUCGGAGGUGGGGCAGCGUUUGCGGCGUUCUCGGCCGUGAUCGACCUGUGGAUACGGAAGCAGCCUGCAGAGGAGGAUUAAAAGCAAGAGAGGAUCAUCCGAUUACGAACCCCCUGCCUUCCCAAGACAAACACCAUUCACGCCAUACGAUCAUUCGCAUUCGGGACCACCGCAUGCCAUUCCCCACCUUCUCCCUCGAAGACCGCCAUCUAGAUCGACUCUUUCCGGGAACCCGUUUUGCAUUCUUCAAAGUUGUAUCAUUCAUGUGUAACAUCACCGCAUCUCAUAUCCUAGAAGUCACGCAAUUCAUAUUAUCGAGGACGCGCUGCCUGG